AUGCAGAACAGGAUUAGUAAAUGCCAAUUAAGAAAGAAUAAACGAGCAGACAGACUACGUGAUCUGCUUCAACUUACACCAUCAGAUUCUAUUCUUCUUGAUGCUUGUGCAAGAAAACAAGCGAGUGAUGUCAAGGAAAUAUUAGCUGCUUUGCCAGAAAUCAACCCAGAUACCAUUCGAGAUAAACAUUUGAGAACACCUUUACAUAUUGCUUGCAGUCGAAGGGAUGAUUUUUCAGUGGCAACCUCAAUAGCACAACUACUUGUACGUGCAGGAGCUGAUGUGAAUAAUGGUGUAGGGGAUGUAGAUGGACUUUCACCUUUACAUAUGGCUGUGUUGGCUGGUAAUCAUCAAUGCGUAUUGAUGCUGUUACACGAAGAUCCUUUUCGGUUAACACCUCUCUUAUUGGCUAAAUUGAAAAUGGAUAAUUUGAGACAAUUUCGUCGUACAGUUCCUGGAGAGAAUGAAUGGACAUCAGAAAGUGCUAAAAGUGAAUAUCAAGAUCUAGAGUCAAUUACACAAGUCCUUGUACAGCACUUAGCCAACAAACAUAUGACAUCUUUUGAUUUACCUUCCUAUGACAGUUCUUCAGGUUAUUAUGGAUUAUCUGAUUUCUUAUUCUUGAGAGAAGAAGAUCAAGAUCUAAAGGACACCAUCACAGCCAUGACAGAUAAAUUAGCCUUGAUAGGUAUGAGUGAUUCCAAGACAGAUGAAGAAAUCAUACAAGAUUCUGUUAAAGGAUUAAUAGAGAAAGUAAAGCAAUUAGGCAUUAAGUAA